AUGGGCUCCGUGAAGAGAGCGCGCAGUGUCCCACCUCCAGAUGAGCGGGCACGCGAGCUGCGUCUGCGCCGUCGCGUCGAUGAAUGCGACCAGAGCCUCGAGCGCAAACUUGACUCAUUCAUCUGUCACGAAGACUGCAUUCCCGAGCAGACUGUCUUGGAUGUUGAUGGAGACCUGAUCAUCAUCGUCGGCACCAUCGUCUGCCAGAGACUCGACAACGCGGCCUAUCACCACAGCCUUAGCGCCGCGGCUUUUCGAGUUAGAUCAUCGACAGUUACAGGGAAUUCGGCUGUUCUCAAGGACAUAAUUCACCAAAACAUGAAGAGAUUGAAUACCACCGGCGCAGAGUGGAUUGCUCAAUUCCCUGAAGACAAGGUCGACCCAUGGUCGGCAGCCCUCCACAUCAUGCACGGUCAAUUCGACAAGGCCCCUGAGUUGAAAUGCCAUCUACUCGUUGGAGUAUUCCAUCUCACCGCGCUUUGCCGCAAGUAUGACCUAUUGCACCUUCUUCGCCCUUGGGCAACACAGUUCACGGGCCUGGGCCAGAAUUUCGAGAAUCAACCCUACGUGUACAACUGGUAUCUCUCGCAAAUCUUCUGGAGUCUUGGGUAUUCAUGGGGUUUCCAGAAAGCUUACUCCGAACUUCCCCUGCUUGUAACGUUUGAUCCAAGCAUCCCUAGGACUUUCAGCAACCCCUAUCAACUUCGUUCGCAUUGUGCUCCCCGAUCUCGUCUUCUCGAAACUACCGGUAGACAUCGCCUCCAGUACCUACAAGCUCUGUUGGACCCACUGCGAGAUUCGGUUGACUGCCUCAUUACGCGCGCUCGAUCACCUGCGAAUGGCAUCGCAUGUCGCGCAAGAUAUCCUUAUCAGAUGGUCGGCGAGUGUAACAAGUUGCUUCUUGGGUCGCUCCUUCAAUCGCUUUCGGAUUGUGGCCUGUGGCCGGUUCCGGACCCGAGAACCGUUAGAGAUCCUGUUGCCACCAUCUUGAACAGAAUCCGUGGUUUGGUACUAUUCUGCGCUGCCGGCCACCAAGGAUUUGGAUGCAACUCCAUUCUGGCAGGCGGAGGAGUGCGAUGGGUGCCCGGUCGACCCCAACUAAUUCUGACAGACUUUCAGAACAAGAUCCUGCAUGAACAUGCGAAGAAAACGGGUUUGGAUAGUGUGUGA